GCUUGCUUCAUUUGACAAAUAGAAGCUGAGCGCAACAGUAGCCGCCGUGACUGGAGAUCUGAGAGAGCAACCACCGCGUAUGACAGCAUCGCAGCGACCAUUUGAGGCGAUAAAGACAUGUUCGACAGGUUUAUUUCUCUAGUAGGCUAUUUUUAACGGCUCAUAAUGUGUGUAAAGCUGACGGUUCAGGCAUAAGCCAGGAAUGAAGACGCGUCAGACGCAUCUACUUACUGACUGGGAAUCGCGUUUCGAAGACUAACCUGAGCUUCGGCCGUUUGGACAGAAGCGAAUAUAUCCAAGACAGCCGCUUCGGUGGCUCUUUAUACCUGUGAGACACUAUUUUACUGCUAAUUCCCUUUAUAGACACGCGUUUUUAUCACGCUGUACUGACAGACACGUUUCUCAGUGUGUCAGUCUAGUGCGCUUGAUGCUGUGCAUGCAAAACCUGAGUGAACUUAACAGGUAAACACAGUUUUACUUCAUUCUUGUGUCGAUUGUUGUUUACGUUUGAUAUUAUUUUGCAUAAUGUAGCUAUAAUAGUAUCCUCGCGCAUUCGUAAAGGACGUUUUGAUGAUUUGAUUAAAUGUUGUCUUGAACUAAUAAUGGUAGAUGAGGCUUAUGGAGUUCUCACGGGCUGGAUGGCGUUCCACAUCCGCGCGCUCUCAUCCCUACACCGGGUAAAGUGAACGACACACCGGAAAGAAAGGCUUCAAAACCUGUUAACGUGGAACUGCACUGAAACUUAAAGGAUAAAGGAUGUCUAAAACGCUGAAGAGGAAGAAACACUGGUCCACUAAAGUGCAGGAGUGCGCUGUGUCGUGGGGAAGCGUUGGGGAGUUCGGUGAUGUUGUGGAGAUCCUCGGAGGCGCCGAGCACGGGGAGUUCCCGUUCCUCGGUCAGAUGAACUUGGACGUGCUGGUGUGUCACGUCGGGAGACUACCGUACUACGGGGAUGUGUUAUUGGAAGUGAACGGGACACCUGUCAGUGGGCUGACGAACCGAGACACGCACGCGGUGAUCCGCCACUUUCGGGAGCCGAUUCGAAUUAAGACUGUCAAACCAGGUAAAGUGCUGAACACUGAUUUAAGGCAUUAUCUUAGCCUGCAGUUCCAGAAAGGAUCAAUCGACCACAAACUGCAGCAAGUGAUCCGAGACAACCUUUACCUGCGCACCAUUCCAUGUACCACCCGGUUGCCCAGAGAUGGGGAGGUUCCAGGAGUGGACUAUAAUUUCAUCAGUGUGGGGGAUUUUCGCAUCCUGGAAGAGAGUGGAUUACUGCUGGAGAGCGGAACAUAUGAUGGUAACUUCUAUGGCACUCCCAAACCUCCUGCGGAGCCCAACUUGGUUCAGCCUGACCUGGUCGACCAGGUUCUGUUUGAGGAGGAUUAUGGCUCUGAAGUCCAACGAAAGCGAACCACCUCUGUCAGUAAGAUGGACCGCAAGGACAGCGUGGUCCCUGAGGAAGAAGAGGAUGAGGAAAGGCCACAGCUCCCAAAUGGCAUCCCAGAGAGGACAGAGGAGUGGAGGAAAGCUGUGCCCAGCUACACUCAGUCCAGUGGUGGAGGCAGCGCAGGUGGCAGUGGGACACUGGAGCUGCGCACCUGGAGCUCUUUACCCAGAGACGACAGCUUGGAGCCGCUGCCGUACAACUGGGAAAUGGCCUACACAGAGACGGGAAUGGUCUACUUCAUAGACCACAACACAAAGUCGACUACGUGGUUGGACCCUCGUCUGGUCAAAAAAGCCAAGCCCCCUGAAAAGUGUGAGGAUGGAGAACUUCCAUAUGGAUGGGAGGAGAUUGAUGACCCUCAGUACGGCACAUACUAUGUUGAUCACGUAAAUCAGAGAACCCAGUUCGAAAAUCCGGUUCUAGAGGCCAAGAGGAAACUCGGUUUAGACACUGCAGUUGCAACACAGACCCAACAGAGGGCAGCACCUCCUCCAGGUGGAGUGGCUGGUACGCCCGGAUUCACACGAGACCCAACCCAGCUGAAGGGGGAGCUGUAUCACACGGCUCUCAGGAAGAGCCAGCAGGGGUUUGGUUUCACCAUCAUUGGUGGAGACCGACCUGAUGAGUUCCUGCAGGUGAAGAACGUUCUCUCUGAUGGCCCCGCCGCACAGGACAACAAGAUGGCCUCUGGUGAUGUUAUUGUGGAAAUCAACGGCACACUUGUCUUAGGCAAGACGCAUGCUGAUGUGGUCCACAUGUUCCAGUGCAUCCCAAUUAACCAGUACGUGGACAUGGUCCUCUGUCACGGAUACUCGCUCCCCCCUGACGUGGAUGCGGACAGCGAGGACCUACCUCCUCCCCCUCCACCUCCGACAGGAGAGAUCGUAACCGCCGUACCCCUUAUCAAUGGCCAGCCGCUGCUGGUCAAAGGUGACGCCCUCCACGGCUCCUCCCAAGAGCUUCACUAUGUAACCACAGACGCCAGCGGGCGGCCAGUGGUCGCUGCACUCCCAGGAGGCAGCAUCAGUGCCAAUGAUAGGCCCGAGACGGGGAUGUUGCAACCGGAGCUGGUGAGCGUUCCAAUCGUGAAGGGACCUGGAGGAUUUGGCUUUGCCAUUGCAGACUGUCCACUGGGGCAGAAGGUGAAAAUGAUCCUGGAUGAGCAGUGGUGCCGAGGACUGCUGAAAGGAGACGUGAUAAAGGAGAUUAACAGGCAGAAUGUGCAAACGCUGAGCCACGCGCAGGUGGUGGAUAUACUGAAGGACCUCCCUGUGGGGAGCGAAGUGAAUCUGUUGGUGUUGAGAGGAGGUCAGACAUCGCCUGUGAAGAGUUUAAGACCUAGACCGGGGAUGAGUGCCAGUACUGAGACUCUGGACCGCUGCCAUGACAUCAUGGUUCCCCAGGCUUUGACCUAUCACUCAAACACACUGCCUUGUAGCUCUCCAAAACAAGACACUUCCCUCCACUACAGCAAGCCCAAAGCCUUGCCGGAGAGCAUAGUACCUCACUAUAAAGAGCUGGACGUGUUCAUUAAGCGAGAUCAAGACACGGGCUUUGGCUUCCGUGUGCUUGGGGGAGAGGGUGCAGAACAACCAGUCUACAUUGGUGCCAUCAUUCCCCAGGGGGCGGCAGAAAAGGAAGGCCGUCUGAGGGCUGGAGAUGAGCUCAUUGGCAUCGAUGGCAUCAUUGUAAAGGGGAAAUCUCACAAACAAGUUCUGGAUCUGAUGACUAACGCAGCGCGCAACGGACAAGUGCUCCUUUCAGUGCGAAGGAAGGUCAUUUACAGAGAUGCCCCAGUGGAUGUUGGGAGCGGGGCAGUGACACUUGUGAAUGGCUCACCUCGGCUUCCGCGUAUCCAGGUGCCAAGCAUCAAGGACCAGGAGUCAUUUGAUAUCACACUCCAUCGUAAAGAUAAUGAGGGCUUUGGAUUUGUCAUCCUCACCUCAAAGAGCAAACCGCCACCUGGAGUGAUUCCUCAUAAGAUCGGUCGAAUAAUCGAGGGCAGUCCAACUGACCGCUGUGGGUUGUUGAACGUGGGCGACCGCAUAUCCGCUGUGAACAGUCAAUCCAUUGUGGAUCUCUCCCACAAUGACAUUGUUCAGCUUAUCAAAGACGCGGGGAACUCCGUCACGCUCACCGUGGUUCCUGAGGACGAGUACAAAGGCCCACCCUCAGGAGCGAGCUCGGCCAAACAAAGUCCAGCACCACAGCACAAGAUUCUCAAAUCCACUCAGGAUGAGAGAUAUAAUUUGGAUAUGGAUGAGAUCAGGGAUGAGCUCAUAUGGACGGAGUAUAAAGCUCUUACCAUGAGUGAACAGGGAACACUGUGUGUCGCCAACUCCAAACAGGGCUGUAUUGCGGUUGAGCUGGAGCGCGGUCCUCGUGGUUUUGGCUUUAGUCUGAGAGGGGGAACGGAGUAUAACAUGGGCCUCUACAUCCUGCGGCUGGCUGAGGAUGGCCCCGCUCUACAGGAUGGCAGGAUACACGUAGGAGAUCAGGUAGUGGAGAUCAAUGGAGAACAGACACAAGGCAUCAGUCACACUAGAGCCAUUGAGCUGAUCCAAGCUGGAGGAAACAAAGUGCUACUGUUACUGAGACCACAAGCCCUCUUAUCAGAGAACAGUUCUGCAGGAGAUGUUAUCCUUCCUGAUCUGCCGGGAUCCAACACUUCCAACAUUCCUCUCAGUUCUCCUCUCCUUCAUCCAUCAUCCACUUCAGCAAAGAAGGGAACGGCAGACCUGACAAGCUCCUUUGCCCGUUUUCGCGGCUCCUUGGAUCUGGCCUGUGAGGAUCCUCGCUCUAAAGACAGCAAGAGGGAGAAGAGUGCCAAACCACAAAACACCAGCUCCUCCAGAGUCUCGCAGCAACGGCGCAUCAAGAGUAGGUCCGCAGAGAAUCUCCUUGAUGUCGGAGAUACAGAGAAACCCAAAAGCCCAUCCAAAGCCAAAGACAAAGCUCGCAGCUACAAAGAAAAUCUGAAACAAAGCACUCAAGACUCCCACAAGAACAGAAAGUCCUGCCAACACAGUCGCUCAGUCAGCCCCCAGAAGUCAAAGCGUGAAGGACAGGAAGUGGUAAUUGGCGAAGCGCAGGGACAGAAAGAGGAACGACGUGCGAAGGGGACGCAGAGCAUGGACCAGAGGAAAAGUGAUGCCGAAAGAAGGAAAAAACAGGAUUCUAGAGGAAGGAAGCAAAAUGAGGCCCAAGAACAGGAGGAGAGGUGGAGAGCUGAGAGAAAAGUUAGGAGCAAAGGAGGGGAUGAAGUGGCUGAGACAAAAGGGGAAGCUAAGCUCAAAAGCACCCAAAACAAGAAAAAACAGAGAGAUAGAGACAUGCAAAUUGAAGACACCCACAUAUCGAGCAGAGAGGGAGACAGGAAAAGCAGAAAAACAAAGGAUAAGGGAUCCUUGAGGGAUCAAAAGGAAGAAAACAAGAAGGAAAUGAUUACAGACAAAAAUGAAAACAAAAGAAAAGGAAAUGAGAUUGAAAACCUGAAUGACGACAUUGUCACCACAGAUGCAGCAGCUUCAGUCACAACCAGGGCGAGUCUAGUGUUUGACCACCCAGGACCCUUAAACAAUGGCCUUUGGAAGAUCCCUAGUUAUGCGCGCAUUCUUACUCACGAGGAAGUGAUGCGAGAUAUUUGCGAGUAGAUGCUUGGGAAUAGAAGGUUUAAGACCAGAAACAUAUGUAUGUACGUGAAUGCAAACUCUUCUAGCUAAGAUUUCACACAUUGUUGUUCCUGCACUUUAACAGGAAUUAACGCAAAUGAUCUACUGUCAUGGCAGAGCAACUUUUGGAAGAGAAUCUUGCUGAGAAAGUUAGUAAACGUUCGACAUGUUUAUAGCUAGCUUCCUGAAUUACAACACAUCUGGUUUAUUGGCACUGUUGCUUUUAUUGACAUUUGAAGAAAACUAUCGGCCUCUUGAGUACAAGACUAAACAUCUUGUACUCAUGGGGGGCGAUAGAGUUUUCCUUAAACGUCUAUGAUCAACAGGUUAUAGCGUCAUAGGCGUUUCAAGCACUUGCAUACUUGUGCAGAAGGUUAUAGCCUAACUUUUCUUAACAUGUUGCCUACACUGUAAAAAAUCAAAAGCUGAGAAAACCCAAAAACUUAUGCAGGAAUUCAGGACUUUUUUGAGUAUACUCAGUUUGUGGAAAAUCCGAUAAUUGAAAUCAUGCAUCCAUAGAAAGCAAAAGCAAACGUUGGUCAGUGACUCGGUUCUGUCCAUCAAAUUUUGAUUGGAUGGAGGCAGAUCUGAAUGGGAGUGAAUGAAUGAGAUCUGAAUUCUAGCAUGAAUAAUACAGCAUUUUUAGUCAUUUUCGCAGAUCCGUAUGAACACAAUGGUGUCCUUUGUACCGUCUGUAUGCGAAAAAUGCAAAGGAAAAACUUUUCAGUUUUUUAGUACAUCAUUUUUGUGUAAACUUAUCCUAAAACUAACUAUAUGAGUAAUAAACAAUCCGGUUUAAAGGCACAGACAUCCCAAGGUCUUGUCUUUAUUACCUGGUUGAUAGAGAGGUUUGUAACCAUGUACCUUCAGUGCAUAGGCCAAGCAUUCACACGUUUGUUCACGUACUUUCCAUGAGUAUGUUUUUGGCCUUACACCUUGUUUUUCUCCAGGUGGUCUCCCAUCCAGGCUUAUGACUGCUUAGCUUAUGAUGUUAACCAUGUUCAUGUCCUUCUCUUUGGACAGUGGUCAGCAUGAGCUUCUCAUUGAAACAAUUUAUAAAUGUUUGUAAUCAGUCUCGCCGCUACACAAACAGACUGAUUCGGCAUGAGGUUUCAUCCAAACUGCUUUAUGGAGAUCAUUGCUUAAUCGUCUUGGACAGGCAAUUUCUGAGGCUUUGUGGUCAAACGCAUGGAGCUCCAUUUUAAUUUCCUUCAAGCCAGCUGACAUUAAACAACACAAGGACUCUCUCGACAUCACAAUGCAAUCCUUCCUUAUGCAAUUUAAGAGAACAUGCCCCAUCAAUCACCAAAACAACAAUGCAAGUUUAUGUUUCGGUCAAAAACAGCACGUCCUUACCCCAAAGAAUCUUUUUUUUUUCCUGCAUGCAAAGUAGAACACACAAACUUCUUGUUUUGUUGCAUGCCUUUUAGACCCGUGCAGUUUUUCUCUAAUGUUUUGAACCUUGUAAAUAAGAACUGUUAUGAAGAUUGGGGGCUUUACCAGGGACUUUUCAGACUGUUCUCGCUCUCUUCCAUGUCUUUGACUCCAUGAUCUCCAAAUAUUAUAACUGCAAAUGACCAGAAACUUGUGCUUUAAUAUACCAAGAAGAUGAUCAAAUGUUUUAUUUAUUGAAAUAUGUAUAUGAAUAGAUACAUGUAGCUAUAACAGAUUGUGACAUUGAUUUCGGUGUAGAGAUCCAGGCUCUUGCUAAAGCACCGUGGUAGUUUUACCUUGUAGCAACUGUUUUGACUUGUCACAAAACAAAUGGUACAUGCAAAUGUAUUUUUAAAUAUUCUAUGAAAUCAGAUUUAAUAUGGUAAAUAUUUAUUUUAUUUUUCUGGACAUGCAUGUCCAGUCUGCUCAAGAUGAAGGCAAGCAGUGCAAGCAAUUCAAGCCCUCAGUUAUGAGGCUACUUUAUGCUGGUCAAGCUUCGAUUUAUGACCAGAAGCCAAUGUACAUGGGUGUACCUCAUGAAGGAUGUAAAGGGGUUAUAUUUCAUCUCAAAUUCAAAAGAAAAUAUGGCAACACUUUACUUAAAGCCUUUAAGUCAUAAUGUAAAUUCAUGUACAUUAAAAUGCAUUACAUUUGCAGAUUCCUUGUUACUUCAGAAAUUGUUUGUCUGUCAUGUGCUUUAAUGCAUUAUAUUUUUUAAAGGUUUGUUCAGUGAAUAGAUAAGUACUAUAAUUUAUUAUAACUGUGGUUAUAAUAAUUCAUGAGACCAUGCAAUGCAGUAUAAGGAGCAUUAAAAGGCAUAAUUAAUUAAUUUAAAAAAUCUGUUGUAAUGCAUUGUAUAUAAAGGCUAUAAGUAAAGUGUUACUGAAAAUAUUUUGCAUUAAGAAAAUAAGGCCUGUAUUACCUUUACCUUACAUAAAAGACAUUAAAAUUUAUACAAAAAUUAUAUAUACAGUGUAUGUAUAUAUAUAUAUUAUAUAUAUAUACAUACAUAUAUAUACACAUUAUAUACACACACACACACGUUAAAAUUAACAUAAAUUAUAUAUAUAUAUAUAUAUAUAUAUAUAUAUAUAUAUAUAUUUUUUUUUUUAAUUUAAAUAUGUGUGCGUGUAUAUAUUAAAUUAGAAUUAAUAUUAAAAUAAAUACUUUUAAUAUUGCACUAAAUAAUGAGAAUAUAAUAAAUAUCACUGCAGUCAAAAUCAAACUGUAUGGAACAAUUACAGAGAAUUUUUUAGGGGAUAAAUGUGCUUAAAUUUUAUGCACAUAAUGACACACUGCAACAAAUCCUAAGUAUAGACUUCAUUAGGCUUCAGUGACUUUAUGCAAAUGAAGGUUUUUUUAUUCUCUUUUGAUUUGGAGGUGAAAUAUGACCCAGACAUGUUUUUUUUUUUUUUUUGUAAGAUUCACCCUAAUGUGAAAAGAAUCGCUGUCUAUGAAGUAGGGAAAAAAUGAUCCUUCCUAAAAAUAGGAUUGUUGCGGGUAUAAUGUCUUCUUAACUAUCUAUUUGAUGAUCAUCAGCUAAUUUUGUCCAUGCUUGCAUCACACGGUCAGUUGUGGCAGGUUUCUGAAAGGGCUGAUUUAUUAGGGUUUUGAGGUCUGAAAUGUGGCCAAGAUAAACGUGUAAGGUGUGAGUUCAUAGGAAAUGACAUGAUCUAUCAAUACCAAAGGACUGGUGGCCAUUCCAUAUGUUGUGUGUAAAGUGAUUAUGACCUCAGGGUUUGGAUAUGUAACUAACAGCUGUGUGGCACGCAGCUUUGAUAUAAAUGAUGAUGAGAACGCAAACUAAUUACAAAGACAAGAUUAUUGUUCACGAUAAGUUGUGGUGGUGUUACAUUGUGUUUUUUGUGCAUAUGCCAGUAAUGUUAGCAUCUGCUGUACAUAACUCAUCUCAGUGUUCAUAUUUAAAAGUGGGGCCUAGAAUCACCUCAUAUUAGACUAAAUACAUAUGGUCUCAAUAUAAUGUGGUCUGAUUCAUGUAAAUGUUUAAAUACUGUACAGCACCUUUAUAAAAAAUAGCUGAGUGCUCUCUCAGAACAAAGAAUAGAAAUAUGUAAAUUUGUUCCGUUAUUUUUCUAAGUAAUAUGGGGGAAAUAUUUAAAGUCAGUGCAAAGAAAAUAAAAUCAUAUCCUGG